AUGCUACGAAGUGUAAUGAAAUUAACUACCAGGAUUCUGAAAGUCGAUCCUGCAGCGAUACAUUUCUCAGAUAGUGCCCAUAUAGACGGAUCUUUACCGACAUUCACAUGUGCUGAAACUGAAAAAAACCUGUUAGAAGCUGCUGGUAUAAUACGAGAUACCUCAGAAACUGUUGCCUUUCCAACUGAGACUGUGUAUGGACUUGGAGGUUCUGCCUUGAACGAUGAAUCUGUAAAAAAUAUAUACAAGGCAAAGAACAGACCUAGCGAUAACCCUUUGAUAACCCAUAUUUCGUCCCUUUCUCAACUUAACCGUGUCAUAUACUCAGAUAUCUCUGAUGAUUGUAAGCCUCUUUCCCAUGUACCAGAGAUUUAUCAUCCAUUAGUGGAAAAACUGUGGCCUGGGCCACUUACCAUACUCUUAUCAAUUCCCGACGGUUCAAACAGAAACACAUUAUCCAAAUUGACUACUGCAAAUCAACCAACAUUUGCGUGUCGAAUCCCUGCUAAUCCGAUUGCAAGAGCAUUAAUAGCAUUGAGUGAUACCCCAAUCGCAGCACCUUCAGCCAACGCAUCUACAAGACCAUCACCAACGACCGCUGAACACGUAUUCCAUGACUUGAAUGGUAGAAUACCACUUAUUUUAGAUGGUGGUAAAUGUUCUGUUGGUGUCGAAUCUACUGUAGUCGAUGGGCUUGUAACUCCGCCAAUGUUAUUAAGGCCAGGUGGUUUUACCUAUGAGAAUAUUCUAAACAUUGGCGGACCUCUAUGGAAAGAGUGUCUGGUAGAGACUAAAGUAAACAUCAAGGACGAUGAAAAAGUCAAAACUCCAGGUAUGAAAUAUAGACAUUAUUCCCCUAAGGCUAAGGUUAUUUUAUUGGUGCCUGAAGGCGAUUCGCAAAUCAUAUCAUCCGAAAGAUUGGGUAGACUGAAAAGCUUAGUUGACAAGGAAAUCAUACAGCAGGGUGCCAAAAAGGUUGCAUUCUUGAACAGCUUACAUUUGAAUAAACAUUUCAUAGAUGGCAAGUGCAUACAUGAAUCACUCGGUACAACAGGCAAGGAGAUCCAAGCCAAUCUUUUUGCUCUUUUGAGAAAAGUUGAUGAAGAAGACAACGUAGACCUAAUUGUUGUAGAGGGAACAGAAGCCAACGAAGAAGGGCUAGCAAUUAUGAACAGAUUAAGGAAGGCAGCUAGUAACAACAUCAUUAACUUUUAG